AUGGGCGAACGCUCCACCACGAACCAGGAGUUCGCCAUUCGCCAAAGUGAUAACUAUGAGCACGACCCCGCCAACAACUCUCCGAGCAGCCGGCACACGUCUCCCGGCCGCAGUGCGGGGCCAAGUAAUUCACCGGCCGGUGCUGCGGCGGCGGUAUCCGGUGUGAGUCCACCGAAGCGAUCGAAAAAACAAACGACGAAACACCGGGCAGCGGCCACGGAACUCGACAAACUGCAAACGGCUCCACCAAUCAAAUCCGGUGACCCUGGUAACAGCAACGCGUCAUCGACACCUGCCGCGGGCACCAUCGAUCGGAACGUUACGCCGCUACCCGGCUUCCAGCAAGCAUUCGGGUCCACGGAAAUUGGCAAAUUUUCCGAAGCUUUCUUCAACAGCAACAGUCCCGACCCAAAUGAACUCCAUCCUGAAGGAUCGCUACCGGCCGGCCACCAUCAUCACCAUCCACACCCACAUCAUUCGCACCACGGCCAUCCACCGCACCCUCUAAUGAUGAUGGAUUCGCCCGACGUAGAGAACACGUUGAGUCCUCAAUCGUGGGAACCGACGGGACCGGGUGAUCCAUACGAGACCACAUCGACGACGACAACGGCGUUCAACCUGCAAAUUGGCACAAGCUUCCAUCCAUCGUACUACGAAUCGCCGUCCUAUGCGUCGUCGGACCAUGCGGUGGAUUCCCCAUUGGGGAACUACUUUAGCGAAAUGACGUGCAGUGAGUAUGUGAACUGAGGCAAAGGAUGUGAGAGACGGACCUGGAAGCUCUUUGAACUAGGACCAUAUAGGUGUGAAACCAUGAUGAAAAUCAAAUAGUUUUCAAGUCUGGUGAGAUGCAAAGAUUAAUUCGUCAUAGGCAACCGAAUCAAAAUGUUCGAAAUGUUUCAUUUAUCAGAACGCUUUUAUAUUGGAAAUGUUCACCUGCUCUGCGAGAUUUUUUUUCUCAAUAAUAUCAGUUCUAUGAAAUCCUUUAAAAAUAUUCAAAACGCUUCUGAACCCAUAAGAAUCCAGUGAUGCUUCAAUUCAAGUACAAAAUUAUUUCAAACAGGAAAACCAAUAUGCGUCAAGAAAUAAUGCAGAUAACUUUCAAGAUUUGUAACAUUAUUCCAAAUUCAUUCGAACAUUGAAAAUCUAAUUGAACGUUCGAUAACCGACAACAUAUGUUCCGAAUCAGAUUCGAUUUGCAAAGCUCCUAGACAUUGAUUGUAGAUUAUUGACGUGGCAUUACAAGGCAUUACAAUAGUUAAAAUGCAUGGAAAAAGAUCGCAGAAACUAAUGAUCGAAAGAUGUUAUAUAGCAAAAUGUGAUGGUGUAUAAAAUAUUUUUUUCAAAUCUAGAAAAUAAAUCGCCAAAAUUGACUUGUGAAUAGCUAACUCUUAACCAUCUAUCUAUGAACAAUUUAUAAUUGACGGCAUCUAAUCUUAGUCGUUUCCCCUUUUAACUCCUCCAUAUGCUCCAUAUGAAGCAAAAAUAAAUAAAUUGAUUGUAAACUGCAUGCCAAAAUUAGUGAACAAUUUGAACGAUACGGACGUCUGCAUGAAAAGGUUUAUAGAAUAUUGAUGGCAAGUCGCGCUGUCGAUCGAUUGUUUGUCCUCCAAGCAAUUUCUUGUUUUUUAUUCAGAGUAAUAAUCAUCAAUAUGUUUAAGUUAUUGCAAAACUCAUCUCUACCAUAAAAUAGUUGAAACGAUUACGAUUUUUUUUAACAUUUCACAACUUAGAUUUUUAAAAAAGGCAUAGGGGUCGUACACUUCUUACGUACUUAAGCAAUUUUUCUGUUUUUUUUUAAUGCUAAGUUCUAGAAAUGCUGGCAUUGUAGAGGAGGACAGAUUGAUCAGUAGGAGCCUUUAAAAGCAUUAUUUUGCCAAUCGGUCCCUUCAAAAUUUGCCUCACUGAAUGAACGCAUAAACAAGUCCUCACAUAGAGAAAGAACAUUGAUAAUAUUCCCAUAAUUACAAACAAUAUGUUAAAGACUUAUGUAAAUAAUGCCUAUCAAUGCUGUUGAUCCAAUUAGGUAUGGUUCAUGCAUAUAAAAAAUCCAGUGCAAGCACAUAAAUAUUAGUGUUUAAUAUCAAACAGUACAUAAUAAGUGUUAUUGUUGUUAAAUGGACGUGAACUCGUGACACUGAUCAGAACAGAAUAAAAGCUAAUCACAAACAAAAUUUACACACGAAGAGAUGGAAAAUUCUUUCCUCCAAAACAGAUGAAUCUCAAUCAGCGAGUACGGAAUCGACCGAAGAGUUAAAAUAAUUUUUAUUAAAAAGAGAUAAAUGUGCCUUAACGAGAAUCACCCGAUGUGGGGACGGUGGGGAUAUUGUUAGCGAAAAUUGAACGAAGUUGAGAAACGAGCGAUUCCGAAAUCCAAUUUAGUUACAGCACUUCAUUCCAUUUGUGCAAAGCAAACAUAGCAUACGUGUAAUGCAACAUGACCGACCAUUAUUCAGUUCCAAAUGAAACACGCUUCCGUUCGGUAGUGGAUCUCAAAUUCUUCCCUAAUUUACAAAUAAUCAACUAGACGUUUCCUUGCGAUGGAGUUUAUAUUCAAAAUAAAGGAAAAGCACACACAAUAAGUCGAUACCAGUCUACAUAUACCAAAGUUAGUAUACAUACUAGUGAUUUUGAAACGUUUUAAGGCAUAAAUUGGUAACGAAAAAUGAAAGAAAAAAAACAACGGUUUCCGGUAUUCGAAAUUGAGACAAAAUUGUAUUUUUAGGAGCAUCUUAAUUUUUACGAAAUAAAUUAAAGGAAAGAUAAACUAAUCAAAAUUUUUAAUAAUUCGUGUUUGUGGAAUCUCCAAGCAGAUCUGUAACAUAUUAACAAAAAAACGAAAAGAAUUUAUUAAAUCAAUGAGAACUAUUUCAAUAAACCGAAGAAAACAUCCAACAUUUAUACUCAUAUAGAAGCAUAAAGCAGUUUAGCCAAGGAACAUGUUUGUAAGUUUCGUGAAGUCGAAUACAGACCAUUGAUGAUAUAUUUUUAUAGUUGUAACGAACGUUCAAAAACGCGUUAAUCUGAAAAAGAAAACAACCACUAAAAAAGGUUGAAAAUAAUCGAAAAAAAAAAUAGAACGACAUCCAGAAUAUUUCAUUCCAAAUAUUUCUGUGCAGAAAAUGCCCUUCAAAAAUGUCAACAAAUGAUUUUCCUCCAAAUUAAGCAACUUAUCCAUUGUCUGUCAAACAUUGAUUAUCUUCGGGAGAUGAAAAAAAAAACGUAAACAAAAUGGUGAAAGGAAAGAAGAAAAACAAAAGUUCAAACAAAUCUCUAACAAGUCUAGUCAAGUAGCGUAAACAUAAUAUUCAAUCAAAACUAGUCAAAUACCAGAGUUGAAUAAAUUGAAAAUUGCUAA